AGGCACUUAUGAAUAACUUUGGAUUCCAAGUUACAGCAGAGGCGGGAGAACAGCCGGUGCUUCUACCGGCGGCACCCUCAAAUAACAAAGAAAUGAAGAAGCGCAAAGGUGCUCCAGUGGGACAAAGGAAUGCAUAUCAGAUAUUCCUCAAGAAGGAGUGUGCUCGAUUGAGAGCUUGUCGUGAGGCCUCCUUAGAUGGCACAAAUAUCCGACGCAAGGCUACUGAUGCAUGGAAGAACAUGUCUGAGAUUGAGAAACAGCCAUAUGUGGAUGAAAGCAAGAAGAGCAAGGAAAAAUAUAAGGAGGAAGCAAAUGAAGCAAUGAUCACUAACAAUAAGCAGCCGAGCGUGGAAGAUGUCAAGGAAGAAAACAGGACUAGUUUCUGUGGUGAUUAUCGCGUAACAUCACAACCUGAGGCAGAUAACUCACUUGUCAAUGCACAACUUGGCAUAACUCUUAAAAUGGCUGUAGAAGUACCCAAGGAGUCCUUAGAGGAAUGGGAUACUUAUUUGUCACUAGAUUUACCAACUGGUGAAUCCAAGUAACUCUACUAACUCUAGUUUAUGAUCGGUUAGUCUUUUUUCUCUUUUGAGGCAAUGACUCUGCAUCCAGCAGUUUUGUCCCUUUUUUAGACUCAAAACCAAGCUACUAGGUUUAUAUGGUUUUGAAACAGCAGCAACAGACUUGGAAUGGCUGAAUAGCAUGUUUCCUCGCCUCUUUCACUAGUGAAUUAUGUAUAUAUUAAAGGCUUUAAGUGUAAUGGCUGGAUAGGCCUCUUUCACCAGUGAAGUAUGUAUGUAUUGAAGGCUUUAACUGUUAAGUGUAACUCAAACUCAUGGUUUUGAAAUAGCAGUAACAUGGUUGGAAUGGCUGGAUAUGCCUAUUUCACUAGUGAUGUAUAUAUUAAAGGCUUUUAGUGUAACUCAAACUUUUUUUUUUUUUUUUGAAUUUAGGUGCACGCAUAUUUUUCUUUUUCUUUAUUGGAAGUUGGAACUAAUGAGUAUUGAGGUCAUUCCAGUUAAGCCGUGUAGAUAAAAAUAAAUUAUAAUCUAAAUAAAUAAAAUAAUGAAACUUAACGAUAAAAAUUAGAUCCACUAGGGUUCUCAUGUUUCACCGAUAAAAUUUUGACAUGUCAAUUUAAAAAGUGUGUAAG